AUGCCCUCUGACAACUACGACUUUGGCCAAGUCUUUCAAGCUGUCUACAUCGCCAAGCAGAAACCUGCUCCUCCUCCGGUCCCUGAAAGCAUGAAGGCAGUUCUUCAGAGUUACCCACCAUUGGGCCAGGUAACUCCUGUCCAAGGCCAAGACAUCACUUUGUCUGCUGUUCUGGAAAUACCCAAGUCUCGAGCUACUGAAGCUUGGGAGAUAUCUCUGUGGCAUUCACUAGAUGGCUCAGACUGGAAGGAUGCCCAUAUGUGCCCCGUUGAGGACGCUCUAGCCCCUCAAACUUUGCAGUCUAUACCCGAAUCUGUGUCUCGCUUCCACUUUACAUCGUCUCUCUCGUUUGACACCUCAGUGCGGUUUACUCUCAAGUUUCGGCAUAGUCCAGAUGUCGACUGGAGGUGGAUACGCGAUGAACAAGGCCUAGAUGAUGGCCUGAUCGUCAGUACUGCCGCUGGGGUCUCAUCUAACAAUCUAUCUGAUCUUAUACCUGAUCUCAAUUCUGAGGACUGGGUCAUCAAGUCGUGCCUAAGCCAGUCCCCCAGGACAUCCCUCUGGUCACUCGAAACCGUGAUCGCGCCAGCCCAGGGAGACGAUUCGAGCUAUAAAGAUAUUACUAUCGGUACUCCAUGGGGAUCUUUCGCGAGCAGGUGGUUUGCCCUUGUGCGACUUUGGUCACCUUGGCUAGCCCCUCGUCAUGGAAAGGCGCAAUUUUCCCUUGACAAUGACGGAAUUCUUUGUUGUUUUCUAAGCCCCCAGGGAAAAACCCUUGUCUUCCUUGCAGUCAGUGGUCUUAACCAUGUCUUGCCGGUCUUCCGACAAGGGUCCAAGGACCAACUUCAGGUUCAUGCUCGGAACGAUGGGCUUUCGGAAGAGAAAGCUACGAUACUCGUCUCAGAAAGCGAGGAUUUCGAGUGCGCUGUUGCUGCUGUCAUGUACCAUGCUAGAAAACUGGUAUCCCAAGCAGCACAGGCCAAUGUUGAACACGAGCAACAACUAUCUAACCUAGUCGACGACUUUAAGCCACAGUGGUUGGAGCAUUGGUUUGAUGGACUGGGCUUCUGUACAUGGAAUGCCCUCGGACAGCGACUUACAGAUCAAAAGAUAUUCAAUGCCAUAGACAAGUUGUCCGAAAACAACAUUAAUGUCUCGAGUCUCAUUAUUGAUGACAACUGGCAGUCAAUUGACUACCGUGGCCCAAGUCAGUUCCAAUACGGCUGGAAAGACUUUGAGGCAGAGCCCGAGGGAUUCCCCAAGGGGCUAAAAGCAACAGUAUCCCAUAUUCGAGAGAAACACCCUCAUAUUCAGCACAUUGCUGUGUGGCACGCCCUUCUCGGAUAUUGGGGCGGCAUCGCCCCAGACGGCAAGAUUGCAAAGACCUACAAGACCAUCGAGGUUGUCCGUGAUGAUGCUGAUCGUCGUAACCUACCCCUUGGUGGUAAGAUUACGGUUGUCGCUGAAGAGGAUGUCUCGAGGUUCUACAAUGACUUUUACAAAUUUCUUGUGGACUGUGGCAUUGAUGCCGUCAAGACGGACGCCCAAUUUAUGCUGGACACAUGGGUCGGCGCUUCUCCUCGGCGUGAUCUCAUCAACAAGUAUCUCGACACAUGGACCAUUGCAACUCUACGGCACUUUAGCGCCAAGGCGAUCUCUUGCAUGUCGCAGUUUCCACAGGCCUUGUUUCACUCUCAGAUGCCAACGAACCGGCCAACUAUCCUGGUGCGCAACUCGGACGACUUCUUCCCUGAGAUACCAGCCUCUCAUCCUUGGCACGUGUGGACAAACGCACAUAAUAGCAUUUUCAUGAAGUACCUCAAUGUACUUCCUGACUGGGACAUGUUCCAGACUGUGCACGAGUAUUCUGCCUUCCACGCCGCAGCUCGUUGUGUCAGCGGAGGCCCAAUCUAUAUCACAGAUGUUCCAGGUGAACAUGACAUGGACCUUAUCGACCAGAUGACUGGCCUCACUCCGCGGGGCAAGACAGUGAUAUUUAGGCCGAGCGUAUUGGGGAAGACAGUAUACCCCUAUAUGGGAUAUGAUGAUGACUCUCUGUUGAAGGUGGGAAGUUAUCAUGGGGCUUCACAAACUGGCAACCCUAUCCUGGCGAUAUUCAACGUCUCUUCACGACCAAUGACUGAUCUAAUUCCGCUAUCAAUCUUUCCGGGAGCUGAUCCCCGCGUUCAGUACGUGGUUCGUGCUCAUACUACAGGCAAGGUGUCUAGACCAGUUGCCAUCAAGGACCCAGGUUCUCUUCUCACUGGCUCGUUGCCUGUUAGAGGAUACGAAAUCUUCUCCGCCUUUCCUUUAACGAGUCUGUCUAGCAAGAAACAUGGUGACAUGUUGAUCGCGAACCUUGGGUUGCUGGGUAAGAUGGCUGGCGCAGCAGCAAUAUUUAUGAGCAGUGUAGAGGAGCGUGAGAACGGCCGCGUUAUGCUGGACACGCGAGUCAAGGCAUUCGGCGUUCUCGCCAUGACACUUGAUGGCGACUUUUUGAUCACGAUUCAAGAAAAGGUCAUCCCAGUGCACACGGUGGCCAUUUCGAAAGCUGACGAUCAUGUUCUCGAGAUCGACAUUGGCAAAGCAUGGAAGGAAAUGGGCCUUGAAAGUCGAUGGAGCAAUGACGUUGAAGUCAAGGUCUUUUUUAGCAUUUGA